CAAGCAUUCAUAGACGCCGCAUUAAAGCUCGAAAAACGAGGACAACCUCCAGACGUUUAUCAACUUUGUGGAGUUCUUCGUAGAGUUGAAGAGCAACAACAAGUUGAAGAACAGAGGAAGACUUUGAGCAGCAAGUUGUUUCUGUUUGAGCAUUGAAGCGAGCGAUGGACUUAGUCUCCGAGUAUGAGAUGAUGAAGAACGCAGAUAAGCCUGAAACUGCAGAAGUUUCAGAGAGGAUUUUAGAUCAACGACCUAUAAGUGAGAUCCCAGUGCUGCGCUCAAAUCCAAAAAAGAGGGUAAAAAAGACUUCCAAGGUUCCACAGAAGAAGAUGAAACCAAAAGCAAUUCCAAAAAAGGAAAAGGCUAAUAUGGACUUAAUAAAACAAAUUGAAGCUGAGAUAAAGAUGAGUGAUGAAGAAACAAGGGAUGCAGAAACAAGUAAGGCUAGCAGUAAGAUCAUCGAGCAUGUUAGAGAAGAAUCUGAGCACCAAGGGAGAGAAGCUGAGCACCAAGAGAGGGAAACUGAGGAGCAUCAGAAUGUUGAAGAAACAAUCAAAGGUAGCAGUAAGAUGAUUGAGAAUGUUGGGGAAGAAUCUAAGCACCGAGGGAGGGAAACUGAGCAGCAAGGGACUGAAACUGAGCAACAUGAUAAUGUUGAAGAAACAAGGAAUGAUAGCAGUAAGACAAGUGAGAAGGUUGGAGAAGAAUCUGAGCAACAAGGAAGGGAAAAUGAGCAACAAGGUAGGGAAACUGAACAACAUCAGAUUGUUGUAGAAGCACAACAAGGCGCUGCACAGAGAAAUAAUAAGAAGAAAAGAAAGAGAAAUAAUGCAGGCACAAUUAAGAAAAGUACAUAGCAAGGAAAUUCAAGCAAAGAGAAAUAGGGCGAGGAAGUUAGUCCAAAAAGAAAAAUUACAAGAUCAACAACCUCAGAAACAACUGAAAAGAAAAAAGAUGAAGUUCAGAAAAAGAAGAAAGAAGUUCAUGCAAAGAAGAAAAUAACAAGGCAAGCAGAGUCAAUAAAAGAGAAGAAGCAAAAGAUAAAGAAGAAGAAAGCAGAAGAAGACGAAGAAUUUGAGGAGGAUGGAGAGGAGAAAGAGAAGGAAGAGAACGCAAAAUACCCAAAGCUGUGGACAAGAAUGUCUCCGAGUAGUAUAACAGAAAUAAUGAAAAAUCUAAGUGCAGAACAGAAGAAAGAGGUGGUUGAGAUGGGAUUUGGCGCCUUACUGAACCUUGAAGUGAAGCAAUUGCCAAUGCAGUUGGCAUAUUGGUUGGUGGAGAAUUUUGAUAGCAGAAGUGUGUCUCUUCUUCUGCCGAACAAUGAGAGAUUGAGGAUUAAUGAAGAUGCAGUGCACGUGACAUUGGGGUUUCCAAAGGAAAGAUUAAUGUGAAGAAUUUGAUUAACACUGAAUCUGAGAAUACAUCACACAUGGUGGCUGAUUGGAGAUCGCAUUUUGAGACUAAAAAUGGAGUUGUGAAGACUGCUCAAGUGAAGAAGGUUAUAGAAGAAAACAAAGCAGGUGGAGGAUGGUUUAAAAAGAAUUUUUUUGGUUCUCCUGGUAACGUUUUUGAUUGAAGGGAAGCAAAAUUGCUUUGCCAAUCAAAGCAUUCUGAAGGCAUUGUAGGAUGAUUCAAAAAUCAAGGAUCUGAAUUGGUGUGGAUACACAUUGGAAGCAUUAAUUGAAGCAAAGGACUAUUGGAGCAAAAGCAGAGAAAGACAGUUCCCAAGGCCUUUAUUAUUUCUGAUUGUUUUCUACGUGGAUAACGUUGUGUUCAAAGGCAGAAAAGUUCAAAGAGCAUCUCCAUCUAUAAUUGGGUGGACAACACAAAAUUUGAACAAAAGACAGAAGGAAGAGAUUGAAACUGGAGGUUUUGGAUACAGAUAUAUAGAUGAACCUAAUAAAGCGGAAUUCAUAGUUCCAAAGCUGAUCACAAAUGAAAAAGAAGUUGCAAUGCAGAUUGAGGGAAACAUCAAUCAGGAGCCAAAGAAUGAUAUUAUGAAGGAGUUUGCUGCAGCUGCGAAGAAUUUGGCAGAAAGCAUGGCCAGUUUUGAUGAAAAAUUUCAACAGGCUGUAAAGGUGUUACCUGAUGAUGAGACAAUGAAGAUUUUAAUGGGAAAAGUCCAUGGGCUUUUCAACACAUAUUCAUCAGAAAAGGAGAAAGAAAAAGAAAAUGAAACCGAAGUGUCACUGACUCCAGAUGAUGGAUUCUGGACUGAAGAAGUGCUCAAAGCAGUUGAAGCUAUUGAAGUGGCUCAGAAGAAAAGAGUUGAGAGGCCAACUUUUACUCAGUAUGAAAAUCCAAACUUCAAGUUGCUUUCACAGGAGUCAAAUGAUGGGGUGAAUACUUAUGGGGAUGAUGAUGAGCAUCAUAAUGACAUAAUUGAGCAAACAUGGCAAUGGAAUUGAGCAUGCAGAGGAUGGUCCAAGUGAGCAAAUGAAUAAGGAUAAUGACAAUGCUGAGGAUGUUAAUGAGGAUGAAGAGGAAUCUGAAAGGGAAGAAUGUGAAGAAGAAAGAGACAGAAGGUCUAGAAAGGGUAAGCAAGUUGAACAAUAUCACAUUGACCCAAAAGAGAACAAAGUGGAAAGAGAAAAAAGAGAAACAGCUCCAGCACCUGCUCUGAAGUCCCCAUUCAUGAACAGAGCCAUAGAUGCAAGGACAACACUUGGCAGUGAGGAAAGACUACUUGCAGGUUUUGUGUUCAAUGAUCAUUGUGACAAGAAGUAAGUACACAACAAGUUUUUCUCAAUCAUUUCGUUUAAUAGUAAUGCACAUUUAAUUUUAAAGUUUACUCGUUCUAUCUAGUAAUGCUUUUCAAACAGUGUUUUGGUGUUCAUGCAUUACAACUUCACUCUUUCAAAAGCUCAGAUGGAAACAAUGAGGAGCAACACAAAAGUUUAUGCUGGAAUUAUAGAUAUAUGGGCAAUGUUGCUUAAUCAUAAUGAAAAGUUCAAAAGCCCUGAAGCUAAAAGCAGAAUGAUUUUCUCAACAAGACCAUGU